AUAAUCAAAAAGUCAUUGAAGAGUUUUUCGCGAAAGGAAAUGAAAUAUAUAAAGGGUAUGUAGAUGAUUUUCGUAAUACAGACAAUGCAUGGAUGGAGACAGUUGCAUAUAAUUUUCAUGAUGAUAAUGGAGCUCAGGUGGGAAAAUUGGCUCUCUCGGCAGGUGAUGACGCCACAAACGUAAAAUGGUUGGAUAUUGAUAGCACCAUAAAAUUACAUGCAAACCAUAUUGACAUUAUUAAAGAGGUUAUAAAACGAUUAAACGCCUAUUGGUAAAAAUAAAUAUAAUAAAUCUGCUAAUGGUUUUUGUAAAUAAAAUAAUGAGUUCUAUAAUUGUAUGUACUCAUUUGUUUAAAACUUACCUCGAAACUUGGCAACACUGAGCUCAAUUGUUCCAAAAUAUUAACAAAACAGCUGUUGUCAACACAAGAUUUUGGUUGGUUAGUUUAUGGUACAAACAAAAGUUCCAUGCGUGUAAAGUUACUUCAAAACAUAUACAAAACAUUCCGUAUAAAAUUUAAUCAUAUGGCAGUUUUUACGCAGGUUUUUAAUCCUUUGACAGCGCAGAACGAAUGGGCUGAACAUAGCGAUGAUUACGAUUAUGAUAUGGAGCUAACAUGCACUGGAUUUGGAGAUAUGUUGCAUGACAAGGAGCGCAAUCAAAAGUACUUCAAAGCACUGCGAAUGGCUAUUGCUCGCAUGCAUGCUGACGGUCAUGAAGCCCAUGUGUUGGAUAUUGGAACAGGUACUGGGAUAUUGUCAAUGAUGGCAUUAACCGCCGGAGCUGAUACAGUAACCGCAUGCGAGGCAUUUAUACCUAUGGCGAAUUGCGCUGAACGCAUAUUCACGGCAAAUGGAUUUGGAAAUAAAGUGCGUUUGGUAAAGAAACGAUCGACAGAAAUGCGUAUCGGUGUUGACAUGCCGCAAAGGGCUAAUCUAUUGGUGGCCGAGUUAUUAGACACAGAGUUGAUAGGUGAAGGUGCUAUUAGUAUAUAUAACCACGCGCAUGAUGAACUCUUAACAGACGACGUUGUAUGCAUACCAUCAAAAGCGACGUGUUAUGCCCAAGUUGUACAAUCACCAUUGGCCUCACAAUGGAAUACUAUGAAAAUCGUUGCUGAUUUAGAUGGCAACAUUCUGCUUAAUCCGCCUAAAGAUGUAUUGCAAUGCAAAGGUGAUGCUGCAGUACAUGACAUACAACUCUCACAACUAAGCUUGGAACAUUUUUUGCCUCUAACAAAACCAGCAGAAAUUUUUGAAUUUGAUUUCAAUAGAAAGUCCAAAACACCGGUGCCGGUGCAACGACAACAAUUGCUUGAAAUGAUUGCCUUACAACCAGGUUCAACUGAUCUAAUAUUCUAUUGGUGGGAUAUAAGUAUGUACUCCGGGGAUAAUUUAGUGUUGAGCUGUGCUCCAUAUUGGGCCCAUCCGGACUACAAAAGCAGAAACGACGUAAUACCUUGGCGUGAUCAUUGGAUGCAAGCCAUAUAUUACAUACCAAAACCACAACAUAUUUCCAUAACUGGAGAAAAAUUUGUGUUAAGUUGUAACCACGAUGAAUAUUCACUUUGGUUUGACGUGCAUAGCUCGCAAAAGUUGGAUGAGUCUAUUUCACGACAUGCUUGUACAUGUAAUCUUCACCUCGCUUAUCCUCGCUCACGAAUUGGUCAAAUGAAUCAGUCGGUGCGUAACAAAAAGUUUCUAAACUACUUGGAGAAUAAUUUAACCAAAGACUCGCAAGUGCUGUGUCUUGGCGAUGGAUGUGUUUUGGGUUUGGCUGCAGCAAAAAUGGGUGUUACAUCAGUUGUAAUCUCCGAAAAUCACUAUUUUUCUAAACGUUUCAUGGAGUCUGUAGUGAAAAAUAAUGAUAUAGAAAAUGUGCAAUUUAUCGAAAAUAUUAAUACUUUAGCGGAGUCGAAGAUAUCUCAGUUGACCCAUAUUUUUGGAGAGCCAUACUUUUUUAAUGCUAUACUUCCAUGGGAUAAUUUUCAAUUCGGUAAUCUUUUAGAAAACAUAAUUGAGAAAUUACCACCAACAGUAAAAAUAACACCUCAUUACGCCAAAAUUUUCGCAGUUCCAGUGCAAUUUACCGACCUUCACAAAAUACGAACACCUGUGCAGCAAUGCGAAGGGUUUGACUUGAAGCUUUUUGAUCGAAUGAUUAAGGAUGCUAGGGCAAAGUUGCCUAACCAUAAAAUUGAAGCGCAACCACUUUGGGAAUAUCCCUGCAAAGCGUUGGCAAAACCUCAAGAGCUUUUAAAUGUAGAUUUCCACAAUUUUAAGAGGGAGCAGUCUACUAAUGGAGACAUCCGAACUGAAAGUGAUGGAACAUGCAACGGGAUCGCAUUAUGGGUGGAAUGGAAUAUCGAUGGAGGAUUAGGUUCUAAAUCUAUUGUAAAUACAGGCCCUGUAGAACCAAUUGAGCCAGGAAAGUUUAUUAAAUGGGAUAUGUUCGUUCGACAAGGCGUACAAUUAUUUGAGCAAGGUCAUCCUGUUAUUAACGGAAAAAGUAGCAUACGAUGGACAUUACAGCACAAACCAACAUUAAGUAAAAUUGAAUUAGAUUUUAAUGUAAAUGCUUAAUAAUAAAUUGUAAACUCGAUUGACAUAGAUUUUAGGCAUGCA